UUCCUGUGUUCGACGGUUGGCCUCUUCCCACAGUGCCCCAAUGCCUGCGAUGUCGGGUAUUUCCGUUGUUCAGGAGGUGACAUCAAUCAGCUUGUGACCCCCUCACAGUGCGAUUUCGGCCUUGUGUUUGACCUGAACUUCCAGCACCCUUACUGCGUCUUGCCAAGCGAUUGCCCGAGUACGCCCUCAACAGGAGGUUCCACGUCCAGCACGGGAUGCUUAACCACAUUCACCUGUACUACUGCGGGUAACUUCCCCGCUUGUAGUACAUGUGACCCGCAAUACUUCCAGUGCACGAACGCAGGGAGCGCCGGGGAGCCAAAGAGGAUUGUACUAAAGAGAGUGAUGCGCCGUUAA